GAUCAAACAAAAAUGAAGAUACAGAAUAAUAUUAUUCACGGUGGGCCAAUAGAUGUACCGAAUAUUUCUGUGGGUCAACAUUUGUUGGAGCAUUUACACGCUAAUGCUCAUCGCAUACUUCAGAUAGAUGCCGAAACUGGGAAACAAUUUACGUACAAUGAUAUUCUUAAGAAAAGCACUACAUUAGCCACUGUUUUGAAAAAUGAUGGAAUCGCCAUCGAAGAUAGAAUCUCCACCGCAACUGAAAAUCAUCCAAAUUUCGUGGUAGCGAUGUGUAGCACAUUAUUUAUUGGAGCCACGUUUACACCUUUGAAUCCAGUGUACACAGAAAGGGAAUACAGACACAUGUUGGAAAUUUUUCAACCACGAGUGAUAUUCGUAUCUCAACGUACUGAAAAGCUUCUUGCAAAAAUAGUAUCCACUUUGAAUUGGACCACGAAGCUAAUAAGUCUGGACGAUAAAACUUCCGAUAAAAACAUAGUAACGUUAAAGGAACUUCUAGAGAAAUCUAAUGAUACAGCGAAUUCGUGCACGUUUGUAGCAACACCAAUAGACGAUAGUGCCAAGAAAACAAGUGCUAUUUUAUGCUCCAGUGGUACAACGGGACUUCCAAAAGGUGUGAUGUUGUCACAUCGAAAUUUAUUACUUUUCAUUAAAAAUAUGAGAAUUGUGAUAGACAUUCAACAAGGAGAUCGAGCAAUACUCUUUUUACCAAUGUUUCACGGCUACGCCUUUGGAUUGAUAAACUUAGUAAUAUGUGCCGGUGCAGCCAUCUGUACAAUGCGAAGUUUCGAAAUCGAAAAAUUUCUAAGAUUGACUGAAAAAUACAGAAUCACGCAUUUACCAUUGGUCCCUCCAAUUUUGGUAACACUGGCGAAACAUCCAACAGUGACAAACUACGACUACGGCAGCGUGAGACAGGUACUGUGCGGCGCGGCACCACUUCCAAAGAAUGUAGCUGACGAAGUAAAGAGGCGCAUGAAAGUGAAACAUAUCCGAAACGGUUACGGCAUGACGGAAUUAUCAAUAAUAACAAACAUAAGCGAUGGGACAACUAGUGACGAUACUGUGGGUCCUAUAGUACCUGGUUUUAAAUGUAAGGUGGUAGAUACGACAAGUGGCAAAAUACUUGCUCCAGGGGAAAUUGGAGAAAUUUGUUUCGCCGGUGAACAAUUAAUGUUGGGAUACUAUAAAAACCCUAAGACCACUGCGGAAACAAUUGACAAAGAAAAUUGGCUGCAUACCGGUGAUUUGGGAUACUUCAACGAAGAAGGAUUACUUUACAUUACAGGCCGAAUAAAAGAACUUAUUAAAUAUAAAGGUUACCAAGUUUCACCGUCAGAGAUCGAAUCGGUGAUACUGAAACAUCCAAGUGUUAAAGAUGCAGCAGUGAUGGGUAUACCUGAUGAACUCAGUGGAGAAUUACCCAUGGCCUUAGUAGUAAGGCAACCUGGUAGCAAUAUAUCGUCGAAAGAAAUCGUGGAUUUUACUAAUAGUUAUUUGUCACCACAAAAGAGGCUAAGGGGCGGUGUUAAAUUUGUCGCAAGUAUACCCAAAACACCAUCAGGAAAAAUUGUACGACGGGAACUUCCUAUUUUAUCUAAAUUGUAA